AUGUAUGAAAAGGACCUCAGGAACUCAAUUAAAGACCAGGAUAAUGCCGACACAAUUAGUAUUGACACAUUGGCUCUGGAAGAGAUUCUUAAAGACGAAAGGACUCAGGAAAUAUCAGAAUUGAAUAGUUUAAGUGACAAAGUGUGCUAUCUUCACACAAACCUGUUGUACUAUAGAAACCCUAAGUCUAAGAUGGGUUCAACAUGUUACGAAGCAUGGAGGACACUUGUGAAAAAAGUAGGUGGUUCACCUAAUACAUGGAAAGAUUUGGGAUAUGCUUUAGGUGUCAAUCAAGGAGACUUAGAUUACAUAUCACAUUCUGUUAAAGAUGAUCCAGCUGACAUAAUUCUCAAAGUCUACAUGCAAAGUGAAUCUGCAACACUAGAUAAAGUGUUAGAUGCAUUAAUAAAAAUGAAGAGAUAUGAUAUAGUAAAAGCAGUUGAAGAUCCAUUGUGUAAUUUGGCACAGUGUUUUGUAAAAGAUGAUAGUGGAUAUCAAAGUAAUAGUGAUACUGGAAAAAGAGAAAUAAUUAGCUUAACAAAAAAUGUUCCUAAUGAUUUGCCACCAGCUUUAAGCAAGAAAUAUGUUAAAAAUGCUGAUAAGCCAAAACAACCAUCCCUCAAGCCUUCAACAAAGGCUGAUGUAAAUAAAAGAAGUACUGUAGAGGCAACAUUAUUUCUUACAUAUACAGAAGAUGGUUUAGAUACAGCCAUUAAUAUUCAACAUUAUGUUAAUAACUGGGAUGAGUUUUCUGGAAUUACAGUAUUAACAUUAAAUGGUAAACGAGAAGAGGUUGUUCAAAAUCCAGAAAAGUUUAUAAGAGAGUAUUUUGAAAAGGCUCACUUUAUAGUUCCGAUAAUAACAACAGGGUAUUUAAGUAGAAUUAAAUCAUACACUCCUUUGGAACCAACUACUGAUGAUAAUUUAGAUUUUAAAUAUGUGAACUUUAUAUACAAUUUAAUAGUCAAUUAUUAUAUACACGCCUCAGGGUGUAUCAAUGAAAAAGUAAGGAGUGUUCUGCCACAAAAUGUUAAUGUUGAUGUAUUGAGAGACAUAUCUAUGUAUCCAGACUUAAUGCCUUGGACUUACGAAACUAAUUUUGAUGAACACUUUAAGGCAUUUUUAAAAAACCUCUCUUUGUAA